CAGAAAGGAUCCCCUCCAAAGAGAACAAAAACAAAAAAAGGAGGGAGGGAGGGAGCAGAAAAGAGCUCUAUAUACGAUGUGAUCUAUGGAUUGACAUUCAAUCGGAGUUACCUACAGCUAUACAUGCACCGUAUGCUGCUAUUAAAUAAGAAAUGUUAGUUUACUUAUCAAAACUGGGGGCACAAAACUUUCAGCCAGACAACAAAAGUAGUACUAGAGGCUGAAAAUGGUACAUUUGAUCCAUGCAUAAAGAGUGAUCCAAGUGCCCAUAAUGUUGCUUCUAUUUGUAUGUAAAGUGAAAUAGUGUAGUUGACUUCCAGGACGUGGAAUAUGGGUAAUGCAUCUCACCAUUAUCGUUUUUCUGUUUGGUGGGGUGCACCACAAAUCCAGAAGCCCUUUUGAUGGCCAUUUUCCAAACUCCCAGAAAAGGAUAAAAGGGGACCUCUCCUUCCUCCUGCCCUCCCUUCUCAUCCUAAGAAAGAUAAGAACCAUAGGUAACGUUCGGUUUAAUAGUACAUGUAACUAUAGCAAUGCAGCUCAGGAUCAGCACCUCUCUUCUAGUCUAUCUUUUAAUACUCAAUCUCCUGUCUUCAGGUAAGGUUGAAGGCUUCAGCAAUGGCGUGAAUCACAUGUACUCAGCUGACAAGGAUGGAGUUGUGAUCGGGAACAACAGAAAGGUUCAGGUCCUGGAUGUAGCGUUGGAUUAUGACUAUGCAGGGCCUAAUCCUAAGCAUGACCCAAGAGGGAAGAAACCAGGCGGAGGUGGCAACAAAAAUCCUUGAGUUUCCUACAUAUCUGGUAUCUCCUGCAUGUCUUGCUUGAAGAGACGGCACCCAAUUCCACGGGGAUUUUUGUCCGGUUAAUUAAUGUGAGUUUGCAACAGCUUGGUGUAGGCAUGUCACGGGAAUGCCACACCUGCAUAAUAAUGCUUGUGUUCUGUGUUAAAUACUUAUAUUAUGUUCCGUUUUAUAUAGUAAGAAUAAACAAGGGUUCUUUUUCUUUAUGGAAUUUACCGAAGGGGUAUUGGUC